AUGUCAACGAGUGGAGGGGUGGAAUUCCAUCAGAUGGGAGGGGGGAAGCUGCAACAUCGGCGACCGCCGCAGCCGCAGCAGGGGCAGCCGCUGAGCUGCCCUCGCUGCAACUCCGCCAACACCAAAUUCUGCUACUACAACAACUACAGCCGGUCGCAGCCGCGGUACUUCUGCAAGGCCUGCAGGCGGCACUGGACCAAGGGCGGCGCCCUCCGCAAAGUCCCCGUCGGCGGUCGCCGCAAGGCCAAGCGAGUCCACGACUCCCGCCGUAGGUCAUCGGUCGCAAAUUCUGCCGCCAGCGACGGGAACGCCACGCCAGUUAGCAGUCCAUCGUCCUUUGGGGGCGACCUUCUGCUCUUCUCAAACGGCGGCCUCCCGGCUGAGCUUCUGCCUCUUCCUCCUCUGCUGCCUCAAUUCUCGAUGAUUUCUUCACAAAAUAUCGACGAUAGAGGCGAGUACUCUCCCUUCACCUCGCCCUCGUCCCUCCCGCUCUUCAACUUCGCGAGGCAGAACGACCUGGCCGGCGUAGACGCCGGCAUGAUGGCCCUCACCGGGUCCCCAGCGACGCCAUGGGAGUUGCUGCCGUCGUCCGCGUGCCAUGGCGGAACCAUCGGCAUGAGCAGCGGCCUGGGAGCCAUCGAGCCCUCACCAUCUUCUACCUAUUGGGACAGCUGCUGGGACGACCUCGCCGGGUUUCUCCCCCUUGACCACGAAGACCGUCCGCCGCUGCCACUCUAG